CUCCCCGGCAGCUUGGCGCUCCUCUUCCAAAACUGCUUGCUGUUCUCAGCGGCCAUUGCUCUGGCAGGGGGAAGGCCUUGUAGGCGGGCCAAGGGGUUGCCUGGCGAGAUGCCCCCAGACCCCGCAAUCUGAGGGCCAACCCAGGCCGCUUCCCCGCCGCCGGUCACCCGCUCCCAGCUCCUGGGGACGCCAUCUUGGAUGUGGGCACCCCUCCACCCAGCACCGCUGCCAUUGGUGGGCUGCGCAAGCCGUGGACGGGCCGACCAAUCGGGAGCCGGAAUCCUGCAGGCCGCUGAAGCCAACGGGUAACGUCAGGGUCUGGGCACACAGGUGGACGGGGAAGGCGGAGCUUGGACGAGCAGAGAGGCGGGGCUCAAAGUUCCUAACCCGCAAGAGGGAAGAAGCAGGCAAAGAGGUCUCGGCGUGAAACAGCAGCAGUGGUGUGGGAUGACUGCCAAAAUGGGCACCGUGUUGGCAGGGGUCUUCACCAUCAUGGCCGUACACAUGUAUCUCAUCUUUGAACAUAAUCACCUAGGGCAUGGCAAUUGCAGUGAGAUCGCACUAAAGUACGAGAGUGCAAGUGGCAUCAUAAAUGACUUCAUCAUCUGCUGGAGUUUUAAAAUCGUCCUCUUCCUCUCUUUCAUCACCAUCGUCAUCAGCUGCUUCCUCCUGUACUCAGUGUAUGCCCAGAUCUUCAGGGGCCUGAUCAUCUACAUUGCCUGGAUUUUUUUCUAUGAAACCGUAAACAUCGUAAUACAAAUCCUCACCAAUGACGACUUCAGCGUUACAGAGGUCAGAAUCAUGCGCUGGUUUGGCUUGGUGUCUCGUAUCAUCAUGCACUGUUUCUGGAUGUUCUUUGUCAUCACCUAUGCCCACAUAACCUACAAAAACCAGAGCCAGGGCAAUAUAAUUUCCUACAAGAGACGAAUUUCUACAGCGGAGGCUCUCCACAGCAGAAAUAAAAGAUUAUCAGUUUUGGAUGGGCUCAGUGGCUCAUACCUGGAAUCCCAGCGCUUUGGAAGGCAGAGGUAGGUGGAUCGCCUGAGGUCAGGAGUUCAAGACCAACCUGGCCAAUAUGGCAAAACCCCAUCUCUACUUUAAAAAGUAGAAAAUUAUCCAGGUGUGGCAGCACACGCCUGUAAUCCCAGCUACUUGGGAGGCUGAGACUGGAGAAUCACUUGACCUGGGAGGUGGAGGUUGCAGUGAGCCGAGAUCACACCACUGCACUUCAGCCUGGGUGACAGAGUAAGACUCUGUCUUAAAAAAAAAAAGAAAAAAAAAAUUAGCAGCUUUAUUCACCACUAUAAGCAAUCAUGUUGGCCCUUUUCUUUUCCCUGAGAGGUAGGUAUCUCAGGUUCCCGGCGUAGUUCUAUUUCCUUUUCUUCCCCCUACUUUUGCUUAGCAGUUCUGCAAGUAGAAACCCUACUGCCACUCUUUCAGGAGAACAUGGAGAGAAAAUGUGAUUAUAAUCACAACUGGAACAUCCUGCUCAUUGAGGGUAUUUAGUUAAAGGAUAUUGUGAUUUAUCAAACCUUCUGUGAACUCCACCUUUCUACCACCUGAUGGGUCAAAAUGAACGGAGUAAGAUGAAGCUGAAUUGCAGUAUGGCAAUCCUUUUUUCUUGGCAUCUUCAUUAGCCUUCAACCCACAGCUCUUUAACCCUGGGAUAAGCAAAUCUGUAUUUAUACCUCAGAUUUUUGUAGCACAAAGGAUGUUGUUGGUCCUGGGGUGGGUUUGUGCUAUGAUUUCCCCACUAUUCUUCUGUUUUUUUCCAGAUAAGAAAAAUAAUAAAAAUAGAGAAAAUUC